AUGUCCGGGACGCAACCAGCCGCCGACGACGCCACCGUCAUCCGCGUCGGCACGCGCAAGUCGCCGCUCGCCCUGGCGCAGGCGCAGCUCGUCGUCGACGCGCUGCAGGCGGCGUUGCCGUCGCACACGUUCCCGAUUGACAGCAUGACGACGACGGGCGACCGGGACCAGAACACGGCGCUGUACAACUUUGGCGGCAAGGGGCUGUGGACGACGCAGCUCGAGGACAAGCUGUCGCGGCGCGAGGUCGACGUCGUGGUGCACUCGCUCAAGGACAUGCCGACGGAGCUGCCCGAGGGGCUUGUGCUCGGGUGCAUCACAGCGCGCGGCGACGCGCGCGACACGCUCGUCGUCAAGCCCGCCCUCGCCGCCGCCCACGGCUGGGCCACGCUCGCCGACCUGCCCGCCGGCAGCGUCGUCGGGACGUCGAGCAUCCGGCGCAUCGCGCAGCUGGCGCGCCGCUACCCGCAGCUCGCGUUCCAGGACCACCGCGGCAACAUCAACACGCGCCUGCGCAAGCUCGACGAGGACCCGCGCCUCGCCGCCAUCAUCCUCGCCGCCGCCGGCCUGCAGCGCAUGGCCUUUGCCGACCGCAUCUCCCAGUACCUCGACGCCGACGGCGCUGGCAUGCUGUAUGCCGUCGGCCAGGGCGCGCUCGGCAUCGAGUGCCGCGCCGGCGACGUGCGCGUGCUCGCCGCGCUCGAGAAGCUCAAGCACGUCCCGACGACGCUGGCUUGCCUGGCUGAGCGCAGCUUGAUGCGCUCGCUGGAAGGCGGCUGCAGCGUGCCGAUUGGCGUGGAGACGUCGUGGUUGGAAGACGGCCGGCUGCGGCUGCGGGCUACCGUCGUGGCCGUCGCCGGCGACAAGGCCGUGGAUGCCGACGAGGCCGAGGUGGUGACGACCGAGGAGGCCGCCGAAGAGUUUGGCAAACGGAUUGCGCGCGAGUUGGUGGCGGGGGGCGCAGACGAGAUCCUCGACGCAAUCAAUGCGAGCAAGGCCGCACAGGCAAAGCAAGCGGAGCAGGCCGCGCAAGCUGUGCAAGCUACGCAAACAGCUCAAUAG